CCCUUCGGUGACGCAUAGGUGGCGCGCGGGCGAGCGGUGGGCGGGGUGGUGCGGAUUUAGUAGGAGGCGGGCGAGUGCGGGCCGUCUCUCGCCUGCCGCCGGCCUCUCGCACCAUCAGUAAGGAGGGGCUGCGGUGAUUCGGCCUCCAGUGUGUCCGGCGGGGGAAAGCGGCGGCGACGGAAUGGCACUGCUGGGCUUACUGCAGGCGGGCGGGUCAGUGCUGGGACAAGCAGUGGAGCAAGUGACUGGCGGCAGCCUCCUCUCCACGCUGCUGGUGGCCUGCGCCUUCACGCUCAGUCUGACUUACCUGUUCCGCCUCGCCGUUGGCCACCUGGUCCACCUGCCGGUCGGAGCGAAAACUCCACCAUACAUUUUCUCCCCAAUUCCAUUUCUUGGGCAUGCUGUAGCAUUUGGGAAAAAUCCAAUUGAGUUCCUAGAGAAUGCAUAUGAAAAGUAUGGACCGGUUUUUAGUUUUACCAUGGUGGGCAAGACGUUUACUUACCUUCUGGGGAGCGAUGCUGCUGCAUUGCUUUUUAAUAGUAAAAACGAAGACCUGAAUGCAGAAGAUGUCUACAGUCGUCUGACAACACCGGUGUUUGGGAAGGGAGUCGCAUAUGAUGUGCCUAAUGCAAUUUUCUUAGAGCAGAAGAAAAUAUUAAAAACUGGACUUAACAUUGCCCACUUUAAACAGUAUGUUUCUAUAAUUGAAAAAGAAACACUGGAAUACUUUCAAAGUUGGGGAGAAAGUGGAGAAAAAAAUUUGUUUGAAGCUCUUUCUGAGCUCAUAAUUUUAACAGCUAGCCAUUGUUUACAUGGAAAAGAAAUCAGAAGUCAACUCAAUGAGCAGGUGGCACAGUUGUAUGCAGAUCUGGAUGGAGGUUUUAGCCAUGCAGCCUGGCUAUUGCCGGGUUGGCUGCCUCUGCCUAGUUUCAGACGCAGAGACAGAGCUCAUAGAGAGAUCAAGAAUAUUUUCUAUAAGGCAAUUCAGAAGCGUAGGCAAUCAAAAGAAAAAAUUGAUGAUAUUCUCCAAACUUUACUAGAGUCCACAUACAAGGACGGGCACCCUCUGACAGAUGAUGAAAUAGCUGGGAUGCUUAUUGGACUGCUUUUGGCAGGGCAGCACACGUCCUCAACCACUAGUGCCUGGUUAGGCUUCUUUGUGGCCAGAGACAAAGCACUACAAGAAAAAUGUUAUUUAGAACAGAAAACAGUCUGUGGCGAGGAUCUGCCUCCCUUAACAUAUGACCAGCUCAAGGAUCUAAAUUUACUUGAUCGCUGCAUAAAAGAAACAUUAAGACUUAGGCCUCCUAUAAUGACCAUGAUGAGAAUGGCCAAAACUCCUCAGACUGUGGCAGGGUUUACCAUUCCUCCAGGACAUCAGGUGUGUGUUUCUCCCACUGUCAAUCAGAGACUUAAAGACUCCUGGGUACAACGUCUGGACUUCAGUCCUGAUCGUUAUUUACGUGAUAACCCAGCAUCAGGAGAGAAGUUUGCCUAUGUACCAUUUGGAGCUGGGCGACAUCGUUGUAUUGGGGAAAAUUUUGCCUAUGUUCAAAUUAAGACAAUUUGGUCCACUCUGUUUCGUUUAUAUGAAUUUGAUCUCAUUGAUGGAUAUUUUCCUGCUGUGAAUUAUACAACUAUGAUCCAUACCCCUGAAAACCCAGUUAUCCGUUAUAAACAGAGGUCAAAAUGAAAACGUCCACAGGAACUAAUGGGACAUCAGUGUAAGCUGCAAAUGCAUCUGUUGAGAAUGAAGUCCACGAAACAACACUCACAUUGUGCUGUUUUUUAAAUUCUAAGUUUAAUUUAUGAUUUUAAUAUUUUAUUAACUGAUCUAUCAAAUCGUAUUUGAAACAUGAAACAUCUUAGUUUUGAUACUGUGGUGUGCUUUAAGGAAUCCAAGUUUAUAGUAAAAAACAUUAUUCAGGGUGAAUCUAGGUAAUUGGCAGAUUCUAAAUGAUACAACUUUUGGGUGCUAAUUUUAAAAGCAUGCAGAGCUCUUGGCAAAUAAGUCUAGGAGAGUCAGAUCUGGAACCAGUUCUGCAGGGUGUGAAGAGCUCAGGGAUACUUGGAAGAUGAUGACAGGUCAUUCAUUUAUCUUGGUAAUUUUUAUAUGUAAGGACAGGAGGGUUGGGAAUCAACUCAUAGUGGAAGCCUUGGAUAAAAGAGAAUACUAUUAAUUGUUUUGGUGUGAAGAUAGUUACCAGUGAUUGAGCUAUAACAGAAAAAUCCUCUGAAUUCUAACUGGGAGCAUUUAUUAUAGGAAGUUGAGAGAGGUCACCUGUUUUUGCAUUGAUAAUAUUUCCUAAAAAUAUUAAAGAUUGCUCAUGUGGUGUUUUGCUGUAAUUGCUAAGUAUCAGCUAUUUCUCCAUCUGCUAAAUAAUGUAUGUUUCCACAUAAAGUCCUCAGUGGGCAGGUUUUUCUUCCUUGGCUGAAGGUUUUUAGCUGCCUCCUUUCCAACGUCCAAUUUGGGCUUGUUUCUAUUACUAGUUGUGUGUGUGUGUGUGUGUGUCUCUCUCCAGGGAUUGAACUCAGGACCUUGUGCUUGCCAGGCACAGUGCCACUAAGCUACAUCCCAGGCCCUAUUACUAGUUCUUUUGAUUCAAACAGUUUAAAAUUUUAAACUGAGGACAAAAGUAUAUGAAGCAGGGUCACUGGAAAAUAAGUGUUUUUAGUCAUAUUCCGUGAAGCCUGUGUUUGGGAUUCAACCUAACUCAUAUAUUCUGGAAGCCUAACUAUGUUAGAUACUUGCAGUUUGACCACAUAAUCUGUGAAGCCAAAAUAUAUUCCCUUGUGUAUAUUACAUUCUGUUGAAGAGGCUAGAAGAUUCAUGUUAGAUUCCUCUGAAGGCCAAAUGUCUGCUGUCAUUUUUGGCAUUAAAAUUCUCUG